CCUCACGACGUGUCUCCGUGUCCGUACAUCCAGACUGUAUCAGAAUCCAACGCCUCAGAUCGCGUCACCUCUCUUCCUAUAAGGCAACCUUCUUAUUUCUGAAUUCUGAUAGAGUUUCCUUCUGUCUCGCUACUCUCUCCCUCUCUCACAGAGAACGUUUCUGUCUCUGCGUCAACGUGAAAUCUAGGGUUUCAAAAGACACAAAUAAGCAAAAAGGCGAUUCAUCACCUUGUGUUCUUGUUCUUAUUAAAGCUUCAUUUUUGCCAGGAGGUAGCAAAAGAUGGCAGACGGUGAGGACAUUCAGCCACUCGUUUGCGAUAAUGGGACAGGAAUGGUGAAGGCUGGAUUUGCUGGAGAUGAUGCUCCACGAGCAGUGUUCCCUAGUAUUGUUGGACGCCCUCGCCACACUGGUGUGAUGGUUGGCAUGGGCCAGAAAGAUGCAUAUGUCGGAGAUGAGGCUCAAUCCAAACGUGGUAUUUUGACGUUGAAAUACCCAAUUGAGCAUGGUAUAGUGAGCAACUGGGAUGACAUGGAGAAGAUAUGGCAUCACACAUUCUACAAUGAACUCCGUGUUGCACCGGAAGAGCAUCCUGUUCUCUUGACUGAAGCGCCUCUCAACCCCAAAGCUAACCGUGAGAAGAUGACGCAAAUCAUGUUUGAGACCUUCAACACUCCUGCUAUGUAUGUGGCCAUCCAAGCUGUUCUUUCCUUGUACGCCAGUGGUCGCACAACUGGUAUUGUGCUGGACUCUGGCGAUGGUGUCAGCCAUACAGUCCCUAUAUACGAGGGUUAUGCCCUCCCACAUGCCAUCCUUCGUCUUGACUUGGCUGGGCGGGAUCUAACUGAUUCUUUGAUGAAAAUUCUAACCGAGCGUGGAUACUCUUUUACCACCACAGCCGAGCGUGAAAUUGUGAGAGACAUGAAGGAAAAGCUGGCUUACAUUGCCCUUGACUAUGAGCAGGAAAUGGAGACAUCCAAGACCAGCUCUGCAGUAGAGAAGAGUUAUGAGCUGCCUGAUGGACAGGUGAUCACCAUUGGUGCCGAGCGUUUCCGAUGCCCUGAGGUACUUUUCCAGCCUUCUAUGAUCGGAAUGGAGGCAGCAGGAAUACAUGAGACCACAUACAACUCCAUUAUGAAGUGUGAUGUGGACAUCAGGAAAGACCUUUAUGGCAACAUUGUUCUCAGUGGUGGUUCCACCAUGUUCCCGGGCAUUGCUGACAGAAUGAGCAAAGAAAUUACUGCACUAGCACCAAGCAGCAUGAAGAUCAAGGUUGUGGCACCGCCUGAGAGAAAGUACAGCGUUUGGAUUGGAGGCUCCAUUUUGGCAUCCCUCAGCACUUUCCAGCAGAUGUGGAUAGCAAAGGCUGAAUAUGACGAAUCUGGGCCAUCUAUCGUGCAUAGGAAAUGCUUCUGAUUGUCCAAGGAAAGAAAUGUUGGAAGGAAAAAGCUUCCUAUUUAUGGGAAAGAAAUGCAGCCAGCUUAUGCAACCCUUCAUUCUAGCUUCGUGUUGCAUGCCUGUUAUUCUCAUGUUGGGUUGAUGACUUUCAGAGGUUUGAGAGUCGAUUGCGAGGAUGGUCUAAUUCUUUUAAUUUUUAUUGAUUUCUAGAAUUUUAUACUGUUGUUAUGCUAUCCAUUUUAAACUUAUUUCAGUCAAUGAGAGUUUUCAUAUGUUGCCAUGCUACUUAAUGGUUUUGAUAAAUUUGUUAUAUCUUUCUACUU